UACUGCUUCAUUUCCCCAUACCUUGUACCUAAGGUAGUAAUGUCCUGCCUCUCCCUUCUUCAACAUUCAACAUACCAGCCGCGUCCUCGUCUUGGAUUGCUUCAAGUAGCUUAGUUAGUCAUAUCGAACAUUAUGAAAUCUUGAUUCUUGGAUGCCAAUCAGGGCAUUCAAUAUUCUUUACCCUUGCCUCGUUCUUAAGUAUCCCGUACUUGAUAAUGUCGAUCACCGCGCAAGUUCACGAUCGCGAAGGCGAACGUGCUGUUAAUCCUCACCCCCUCGUCGUAGAGCUCGCCAAAGUCCUACCCAAGGAUCGCAAGUUUACUGCCUAUCAUGUCUCAACACCACCUGUUAAUGCCGAUCCUCUAUUCCACUCACCUGCCUACAAUCCUACGUCCAGUUCAACGCCUUCCGACGAGACCAAGUCGAAAUCCAUAAGCAGACGACCGAGUAAACCAUUGAAGACAUAUUGCGAGAAACAUUUCCUAGCUAUUUCAAUUGAUGCCGGAAAUAAGGAGAAGAGCACCGAGGGGCAAGUCUUAGUCCUUGGAUUGGAAAUCUACAUCUACACAACGCGAUUUUCUACUAUCGUAUUCGUUUCCAAAGCUGAUUCGACUGGGUACUUGAACCUCCUCGAGCUUCCCAAAGGAACACCCUCUCCAAUUCGAGAAGUUACCGCAUGCUUCCUAGCCUACCUGAUUGCCAAUCGAAAGCGUCCCACAAAGCAACUCGUCGUAAACCUCUUCGCUCGAGCCCAGUCGCAAUACCUCUUCCCAGGAAGUGUGAAGAAUAAAGACAAGCACAUACUUGACGACAAGGGGUUGGUGAAAUGGUGGUGCCGCGUGCUCAACUCGUUGCUCGAGGGCGAUGAUUAUUCGGAUGUGAAACAAACAUGGGAUAAGAUACACGGAUACUUGGUCAUACCUGGAUUGGACAACUACGAGACGCGAGCUUUUCUACCCCGAACCAGUGUCGCAUCAACCAACUGGACAUUAGGGCAUCCCCUAGAAAAUAUAUCACCAUAUACGAAGGACCAGAAUAUAUACGGUCCUGUUAUUUAUCCGAGAUGUCUCAUCCCGAUAUUCCCAGAUGACCCCAAGGCGCGUUUCGUGGAAGAGUUAGAAGAAUCAACAUCCGAAAUGACUAAACUACUAUCUGGCUGGAAAAGCCCAAAGACGCUUGAACAAUUCUGGGAAAUGAUGGCAUUCCGGCAAGAAUGUUCUAGUGGAAGAUUGACUGGAUUCAUAUGGGUUGUUUUUGAUCCUCCGGUCGCACCAAAUCCAGCCACCAAAUCUGCUGCAGUCAUCCCCACUCCAGACACCUCAUUCAGCGCGCCUCAAGUAAAUGGCGAAGCUCCUACGACCUCAAUAGCCCUACCUUUGGAAUCUACGCAGAAAACGAAGAAAGGUCUACGGAAACGAAAGGGGAAGAAAAAGAAGUUGACAGGACCUAUUAUCCCUCGGAAACCUCACGUCAAGACGCACAUGGGUCCACAGUUCCCGAAAGAUACCGAGACGCCUUAUUAUUCCUGGCCUGAACACGGAAGAGGGCAGGUUGUCCUCGCCGACACUGGGUAUAAGAGAGCUAUAGAGUUGCUACUUCACCUUGAGUUCGGCACCUUAGAACAGGCGACCGCAAGCACCGCACGAUGGAGUGGAGAAGUAGGCAUGGGCAAGAAUUGGACCUUGGAGAUUAUUGGCGAGAGGGCGGCCGUCAAUCCCAACCCUACGGCGUCAUCCACCUCUGAUGGGGCAGUGAAUAAUUUGUCUGGCAUGGUCAGACGGAAACGUGGAUCCGAUGACCAGACUGCAGCCGAUGCAUCCCCAUCCACAUCGCCAGUAACCACGCUGCUUGGAAAGGGCGUUGUCCGUAAGAAGGCAAAGCUCGACUAUGACAGCACAGCCGCUACAUCUGCGUAGAGACCAGAUGAUUGCUGGCCUGAAACCGCGUUGGACAUAGCAACUAAACUCUUCGGAGCUCCUCCAGCUCGGAAGAAACUCAAAAUAUCUUAACUUUCUUUAGAGGCGUUUUAUUUCUAUUUUAUCGGCGCAGGAUCAAACGGAAUAAACCCAGGGAUUAAGGAUUAUGUUAUGGAUCAAGCGUCUAGGAGUAAGACGCAAGGAAAAGGCGUUGAUUAUUCGUGAAUAUCGGAAUCUUUCAAGGAUAUUUCGAUUGGAGGAAGCCAAUCUUGCUGAGUAGUUUAAAGACUACGAGGUAUUGUACCCUACGGUCCGAAAGGGCCUUGAUUAUCAAACGCGUAGUUUUAUUUAAUCGAGUGGUAUUGUAUAACGAA